AUGUGCACCAGGUUGGAGGCUGCAGGCGUCGUCUACACCCUUCUAAAUGUGUACCAAAAAGCCCUUGACCACAAGCCAGGCACCCAAGCAGAACGUGAUGCAGUCUGGGACGCUCUUCGUCAGGAGCUUACCCACUGCCCCAAGCGACAUGAGCUCAUCAUCGCAGGCGACUUCAAUACAGGGCUACAGGCUAGAUCCCCUGAAGUUGGCUCUGCUGUCCACCGCGCUGGACAAGCUGCAAAAGCCAAAGACCAGGUUACAAUGCAACAAUUGUUGCGCCAAUUUGAUCUCCGUGCCCUUAACACCUUUCACCCUUACCCUCUGCACACCACGUACAGACAUGAUCAGGCUGACAAAAUCAAAAGUCAGGUCGACUACAUCCUAGUACGGGGUGGGUCAAAGCAUUGGCCAAUCCUCGCCAGCAUCCCGGCUAAGUACUUUCAUGCUGCUCCCCCGCCACGAGAACGUCCACGGCAAGCUGGAGGCCAUGAAGGCCACGUCUCAAAAACUGUGACGCUCAUUUACCAGGAGCAAGUACAACGCCACAUCGAAAAGCUCAAUGAAUGGGACACGGAGGUCGUGAACGACAUACUUCAUCGAACAGCUGAGUCCACCAUCCUUCUCCUCCCGACACCCAAAGAACCUGCUGAAGCCAGGCCGGCCCCGGUUAAGCGCAUGUGGCAGUGUCAUCAUGACAUCAAGCAACUGCAACGACAAGGACCCGGAAAUGAGGACAGGGUUCUCGCCCUCAAGCAGGAAUUCAAGGACCUCCAAAAACAAAUACGCAACCACAGUCAAACCAAGCGUAAACACUACCUUGAGGAGCGAGUGAAACUCGCAACUGCAGCGGCGGAGCGGGGCGACGCCAGGGCCCUGCACCAGCAAAUCAAGCGCCUCACGCCAAAGGUUCCCAAAAGCAAAGUGCACCUGCGAGGCAAGGAGGGUCAAUUGCUCUCCACUGCUCAGGAACUACGUCUUAUCAGUACGUACUGGCAAAACCUCUACACUGGUGAAACGAUCACGCGGCCAAUUACGUCCCAAGCCAUCCAAAUCACCAUGGAAGAGGCGUGCAAAGCAAUUGCCAGCUUGCCUAGCCAUAAGGCCUUGCCCAAGCACUACACCUCGAGCGAGGCUUGGAAACUUGCUGCCAGUCCACUGGCCACCCUCCUUCAUCGUACCAUCUUGGCUCAAUGGCAGGCGGGCGUCAUUACCAUACCGCAGGAAUGGAAGGAUGCCUGGCUCUGCCUGCUCCUCAAGCCGGGAAAGAGCGGGCGUAGCCCCGACGAAUACAGGCCUAUAGGCCUGACUGAUCCUAUAGGGAAAGCGCUACUGGGUGCGAUCGCCAACAAGCAUCAGCAGACUUACUAUCAGUCCCUCCACUCCCUUCCCCAAUUUGCUUACCUGCCGGGGCGGGGAACGGCCCAAGCCAUCGCCAGAGUUGGACAGCAUAUCCAUGAGGUCAAAAACCUUGUCUCCGGCCAAAAGCUGACUCUUCACCAUCGCCACGCGGGCGAAAGGCAGCAGGACCUGGUUGGAGGCAUCAUCGUUUCCCUUGACAUGACCAAAGCCUUUGACAGGCUUGAGCCGCAGCACAUGCAAAAUGCACUCGCUGCCAGCAAGCUUCCCGACGAGGUCCAAACACUCAUCCUGGAGUGGCAUCAAGGGGUUACAUACCACAUAUGCCAUGAACGACAGGAUGCCGAGAUUCGAUGUUCGCGAGGGAUCAGGCAGGGUUGUAAAAUUGCACCAAGAGUCUGGGCUCUAUUCACUGCUCUACUCAUGCACAAAUUAGGCGAAGACUGGUGCCGUGAUAACACGACUUGGUUUGCAGACGAUAUCCUCUUCCACCUUCAGUUCAGCAACAGAAGCGAAUUACUGGCAAGCAUCAAGGCCAUUGCUUUUGCUCUACAAGUCAUAGAGGAUCUCGGCAUGCAAAUUGCGGCUGGAAAGAGUGCUGUACUCCUUCACUUGGGAGGCGCGCACUCAAGGAGGAUGCGGAAGAGCCUCAUUGUCAUGCAUGAAAACAAGCCGCACCUUGCCUUCCAGCACCAGGCGCGUGUGUGGCACUUACCCCUGGUGGACAAGCAUGAUUACCUGGGCAUUGUCCUGAGCUACACUCGACUCGAGGAACACACUGCUACAAGGCGUAUCAACUCUGCUCAGGCUGCGUUCGCAAAAUUGAAACCUGUCCUGACGCACAAGAGGAUGCCAUUGGAACUACGCAUCAGACUAUGGAAAACAUGUGUGCUGGCCAGCCUCUAUUAUGGCCUACCACAAGUAGGACUGACGCCCCACACUGUGCGUAGGAUCACCGUCCUGGUACACAAGCAGCUGCGGCACAUCACCAGCAUGCCAGUGCAUCUGACACACAUCAGCAAUCAGGACCUACGUGACAGACAUGGGGUUUCGCAGCCCAUCGCGCACAUCACAGCCAUAGCACAAAAGCAGCUGGAGGAGGCAAUGGCCGUCAAGCAUGACCUGGAGGCCGAUGAUGCACGCAUACACAGCCUGGUCCUUAAAAAGGAGAAGCGAGUUGCCGGCCUGCUUGCCACACUGAUGCAGGCUGAAUCCGCACAACAGGCAGAGGACCUGAUGGCUAUGAACAAUGGAAGCAAGUUGACCGGCAUGCGCAUGGUAGUCAAGGACGUUACCUACCUUCAUGGCUGUCCCUAUUGUCAGCCGCUGUUGCUGUCCCAGUCAUGCCCAGAUUUCCCUUCACACUUCGGAACGGUCCUGGCCAUCCUGGGACCGAUCAUGCCCACCUUGAGGGAACUGGAGGAGCAUCCUGCCAAACGUCCCCGCCCAGAUCCUCGAGAGGCACAGCCAGCGAAGGGCAAAGGCAAAGGGAAGGGCAAAAAAUCCAGCAGUCGCCAUGGCACCUGGUACAAGGGGCACGGGAAAAGCAGCUACACGGGAGUGGGCCCAGCCAUGGAGGCCAUGGCCAGGCUGUGUCUCCGGCAGGAAGCGGAACUCAGCGAAUUACGGCAAGAGAAGGGCUUUAUCCUGCAUUUGGAAACAGCCUCUCACGGGAUUCUCAGCCCCAUCGUGCAGGCGUCCAUGAAAUGGAACGAGCUCUACGAGCAGGGCAAGGCGGAUUGCAACCUACGGACCUGCCUGUUCCGCCUUCUACUCAAGGAGACAGCAGCUCGCCCGGAGAAGUUCGAAGCAACGCAGGAAAGCAUCGGGGCGGCGGUGAAGCAAAAGUGGGUGACGGAGAAUCCGCUGCAGUGGACGUACAAUCGUUGGAACCCCGACAGCAAGAAGGCCGAGAUCGAAGAAACCAAAAAGCCACUGGCCCACGUGGAUGUCAAGCAGCUCCUGACGACGAUGGACGAAGCCCUAAAGCAGGACCCAGAGGCGCUGCACCAGUUCAAAGCCCUACGCAAGCUCACGGAAGAGAUGCAAGGAAGCUCAGUGGCGUUCAAAAUAUCUGUGGGUCUGAGGGGGGCACAGUGCCAACGCCUCUACCAGGCAUUCGUGGUGCUCAGCGGGCUGUCGGCCCUGAACCUCAUCGGGGCAAACCUUCACAAAGAGCGGCAAAAGAACAGCCGAGAGGCGGCGCUGGGCCUGCCACAACCUGUUCUGAUAGCCAACAUGCUUGCCUUCCAGACUGUUCUACGGGGAUGGGCCAAUCCCAAAAUGCAGCAUGAUGUUGCUGAGUUUUUGCAUCACAUUGUCCGCGCUAGCAACAUGCCCUAUGGUUGGGGCAGAUGGGAGGUGAGACGGCACAUCCAUGAUGCUCUCACGGUUGUGGACUCAGGCUGUUUACGUGCCCCAAUAGCCAUUGCAAUGCCUAAUGCACCCACCCACCUCACCACGUGUUUGCGACAACACUUUAUUGGUGAUUCGACGCAACUUGCACUUGUUGACGCACCUGACAUGCUCUGUUGCCAGCUGUUUAGAUACACUGUGUCAGCCGAGGGGAUGACCUCCAAAAAUGAGAUAAGAGUGGACUAUGACAGGCAGCCCAUUCUAAUCCCUCAGUGGAGUGACAUGCACAGCCUGCAGACGUGCAAUAUACCGUACCAGAUCACGGCUGUCGCGCUGCAUGCAGGCCACACACCACACUGCGGGCACUAUCGUGCACAUCUAUUGGAGGAUUGUGCGAACCUCAUUGCAGAUGAUGACGUAGUGCGCCUAUGUACAGCUCAAGAUGAACAUGAUGUGCAAACAACAUCCUACGUGUUUUUCCUACGCAGGCUGUCAAAUGCUACCGGGAGCAUUGAUGCAGCACCAACGAUUGAGCUCUAG